UAGGCGGAGGCUCGGCCAGUCACGUGAGGGGCAGGGUUGAGGGCGGCCCCGCCAAUCGUGAGCCGGAUCGCAUGGGGCGAAGGGUCGUCAUUGGACACCGGCAGCGGGUCGCCGGGGCUCGGCUACCUGUUGCUAAGGGCGCUGUAGAUCAGCGCUGCGCGCCGGGGAGGCUCGUCUCGCGAGAGUUCAUCUUUCUUGGCGGUGGCAGCUGCAGCAGCUGGGGGGCCGACAUGGACGCUCACGAGGACUACGUUUGGCCGCGGGCAACCUCCGAGCUCAUACUCCUCCCGGUCACGGGUUUGGAGUGCGUGGGGGAGCGGCUGCUGGCGGGUGAGGGGCCGGAUGUCCUGGUGUACACCUUGGAUCUCGGUGGCCAUCUACGGAUGAUGAAGCGAGUGCAGAACCUACUUGGCCACUAUCUUAUUCAUGGGUUCCGGGUGCGACCAGAACCCAACGGAAACCUUGACUCGGAGGCCAUGGUGGCUGUGUUUGGGAGCAAAGGACUCCGAGUUGUGAAAAUUAGCUGGGGACAGGGCCGCUUCCGAGAGCUCUGGCGCUCUGGCCUGUGGAACAUGUCUGACUGGAUCUGGGAUGCACGUUGGCUUGAAGGCAACAUGGCCUUGGCUCUGGGACACAACUCAGUGGUGCUCUACGACCCUGUGAUAGGGUGCCUCCUGCAGGAGGUGCCCUGCACAGACAGGUGCACCCUCUCCUCAGCCUGUCUGAUUGGAGACACCUGGAAGGAGCUGACCAUAGUGGCGGGUGCUGUUUCUAACCAGCUCCUAGUCUGGUACCCAGCAACUGCUUUAAUAGAUAGUAAGCCUGUAGCCCCCGACCGACGGGUCAGUGGGCAUGUGGGCGUCAUUUUCAGCAUGUCAUAUCUGGAAAGCAAGGGCUUGUUGGCCACAGCUUCAGAGGAUCGAAGUGUUCGCAUCUGGAAGGUGGGUGACCUACGGGUGCCCGGGGGUCGGGUGCAGAAUAUUGGGCACUGCUUUGGACACAGCUCCCGUGUGUGGCAGGUCAAGCUGCUAGAGAAUUACCUUAUCAGUGCAGGAGAGGACUGUGUCUGCUUGGUAUGGAGCCACGAAGGUGAGAUCCUCCAGGCAUUUCGAGGCCACCAGGGCCGUGGGAUCCGGGCUAUAGCGGCCCAUGAGAGGCAGGCCUGGGUGAUCACCGGGGGCGAUGAUUCAGGCAUCCGGCUGUGGCACCUGGUAGGGCGUGGGUACCCAGGUUCAGGGGUCUCAGCCCUCUGCUUCAAAUCUCGUAGCAGGCCAGGUGCCCUCAAGGUUGUGACGCUGGCUGGCUCAUGGCGAGUAUUGGCAGUGACCGAUACAGGGGCCCUGUACCUCUAUGACCUCGAAGUCAAGUGCUGGGAGCAAUUGCUGGAGGACAAGCGCUUCCAGUCCUACUGCCUCCUGGAGGCAGCCCCUGGUCCCGAGGGCUUUGGACUGUGCGCCAUGGCCAAUGGGGAGGGUCGUGUCAAAGUUGUCCCCAUCAAUACUCCAACUGCAGCCGUGGACCUGACCCUGUUCCGUGGGAAGGUGCACAGCGUGAGCUGGGCCCUGCGUGGCUACGAGGAGCUCCUGUUGCUGGUGUCGGGCCCUGGCGGCGUGGUGGCUUGCCUGGAGAUCUCAGCGGCGCCCUCUGGCAAGGCUAUUUUUGUCAAGGAACGUUGCCGGUACCUGCUGCCUCCAAGCAAGCAGAGAUGGCACACGUGCAGUGCCUUCCUCCCCCCGGGUGACUUCCUGGUGUGUGGAGACCGCCGGGGCUCUGUGUUGCUGUUCCCGUCUAGACCAGCUCUACUCAAGGACCUUGGGGUUGGAGGCAAGGCUGGGGCUGGCACCGGAGCACCUGAAGCGGGUAGUGGCAGUGAUGGGGGUGAGAACACCAUAGCUGAGUGGGGCCCUGUGUCCACCCUCCCUUCUCUGCAUGGGAAGCAGGGUGUGACUUCAGUCACCUGCCAUGGUGGCUAUGUGUACACCACAGGGCGCGAUGGUGCCUACUACCAGCUCUUCGUGCGAUGCGGCCAGCUCCAGCCAGUCCUAAGGCAGAAGUCCUGUCGAGGCAUGAACUGGGUGGCUGGGCUCCGCAUGGUGCCUGAUGGUAACAUGGUCAUUCUGGGUUUCCAUGCCAAUGAGUUUGUGGUGUGGAGCCCCCGGUCACAUGAAAAGCUUCACAUCGUCAACUGUGGUGGAGGGCAUCGCUCCUGGGCCUUCUCUGAUACUGAGGCGGCUAUGGCCUUUGCCUACCUCAAGGAUGGGGAUGUCAUGCUGUACCGGGCUUUGGGUGGCUGCACUCGGCCACAUGUUAUUCUCCGGGAGAGCCUGCAUGGCCGUGAGAUCACGUGUGUAAAGCGUGUGGGCUCCAUCAUCCUGGGGCCUGAGUUUGAGGUGCCUAGCUUCAUGCAGCCUGACCACCUGGAGCCUGGCAGCGAGGGGCCCAACCUGAUCGACAUCGUGAUCACGUGCAGCGAGGACACCACCAUCUGCGUCCUGGCGCUCCCCACAGCUACGGGCUCAGCACGUGCACUCACAGCUGUUUGUAACCAUAUCUCCUCGGUGCGUGCAGUGGCUGUGUGGGGCACUGGCACCCCAGGUGGCCCUCAGGAUCCUCGGCCAGGCCUGACUGCCCACGUGGUGUCCGCGGGGGGUCGGGCUGAGAUGCACUGCUUCAGCAUUAUGGUCACCCUGGACCCCAGCACCCCAAGCCGCCUCGCCUGCCACGUUAUGCACCUUUCAUCCCACCGGCUGGAUGAGUACUGGGACCGGCAGCGCAAUCGACACCGGAUGGUCAAGGUGGACCCAGAGACCAGGUACAUGUCCCUGGCUGUGUGUGAGCUCGACCAGCCUGGCCUUGGCCCUCUUGUGGCUGCAGCCUGCAGUGACGGGGCAGUGAGGCUCUUUCUUUUGCAGGAUUCUGGACGGCGGCUGCAGCUGCUGGCUGAAACCUUCCACCACAAGCGGUGUGUCCUCAAGGUCCACUCCUUUAUACAUGAGGCACCCGACCAGCGGCGGAGACUGUUUCUGUGCAGUGCAGCCACCGAUGGCAGCUUGGCCUUCUGGGAUCUCACCACCGUGCUAGACCAUGGCUCCACUGUCCUGGAGCCUCCAGCAGACCCUGGGCUCCCCUACCGGCUGGGCACCCCCUGCCUCACCCUCCAGGCUCAUAGCUGUGGUGUCAACAGCCUGCACACCUUGCCCACACAUGAGGGCCAUCUCGUAGCCAGUGGCAGUGAGGAUGGCUCCCUCCACGUCUUUGUGCUUGCGGUGGAAGUGCCAGAGCUGGAAGAGGCUGUGGGGGGUGCUGAGCUGGUACCGCAGCUGCAUGUGCUGGAGGAAUACUCUGUCCCCUGUGCACAUGCUGCCCAUGUGACAGGCCUCCAUAUCCUGAGCCCAAGCCUCAUGGUCUCAGCCUCCAUUGACCAGCGGCUGACCUUCUGGCGUCUAGGGCAUGGCGAGCCCACCUUCAUGAACAGUACUGUGUACCACGUGCCAGACGUGGCUGACAUGGACUGCUGGCCUGUGAGUCCCGAGUUUGGCCACCGCUGUGCUCUUGGGGGCCAGGGACUUGAGGUUUACAACUGGUAUGACUGAGGUGUCCCGCGGUGGCCGGCAUGCUGGGCACGGGGCCUGCUCACAGACAGAGUGGAGCAGGAGUGACUGUCCGUGCCCAUGCCCGGCCUGCCUUGAGGGAAGGAGGCGGCCGCCGCGGGUUCCUGACUUUGGAGCAGGAACUGGAGGUGAGCAGAGUGCCGACCGGGCAGGCGGGACCACGCCCCAUGCCCCACAACAGAACAAAGCUUUUAACAAUUUAUUUGGCUCUAGAUCUCCAACAAAAUGUUGGGUUUUUUUGUUUUGUUUUUUCCCAGUUGCUGACUUUGUGGACAUUCCCAGCACUGGAAUCUCUGUGGCCUUAGAUGUGGCUCAGUGGAGGGAGACCCAGCAUGGCUAGGCCAGUGUGGAGCACUUCACACACAGCCCGUAGAAGCUGCAGGCGGGCAAACAUUUGACCAAACAGGUGUGGUCGAGGCUCCUGGAGGAGAGAAGGGGCCUGCUGGGCUCAUCCUUUGCUUCUCCUGCCCCUCCCACACCCCCCGUUUACUGUGCGCUUACCCCUAGGAUGUGUACGCGGUUGUAGUAUGAGCUGAAGUCCAUGCUGAGCUGUACCAGGAGCUUGCACACCUAGAGACAGAGACUGAGUCACUGGCCUGUCUCUUUGCUCUCGUACCCUAACCAGAAUAAAGAGAGUGCAGUGUC